GCGAGUUCUUUUUUUGAUUUUCCAACCAGCCAUUUUCGAACUUCCCCUAUACAAAUAAACUUUGUGGUUGAUCUACAAGACACACAAGUAUUUUGUGGUCUAUUUUAGUCAAUUUUUAACAUAUUUCCUCCUUGCAAUAGAGUACAUGUUUUUUUUGUUCAUCCAGUGUCUUUGUCUUGCUUUGAUUCAUCAUUGUCAUCAUAUCUGCCACCUCGGUUACCCCCCCCCCCAUUUGCAGACAACCACACACCUUGGGAAAAGGCAAGUAACAUGACACAACUAUAUACCACACCACCACUAGAGAGGGUAGUACGAUCGGGGAUAUCAUCAUCAACAUCCUCCUCGAUUUUCCAGUCACAAGAACCGUCGCCGCUAUCACGAUUUGGAAGAGGAAUCUCUAACCCGUUUACCAGAAUCUAUGAACCUACUGCUAAUCCAAUAAAAAGAACAAUAAUACAUGAUAACUUCAGAUAUGAAAGGAUACCACAGAAAAUCAAUAAACCUGAUCCCAUAGUCACAGUUAUUGACGAUUCUAAUGGACUUCGACGUAAUGGUUCUAUUAUAUCGCAAGAUAUGGUAUUAAGACAUCGGAAACGUAUAAGAAGGAGAAACGAAUUGUUGAAGAAAGAAGAAAAAGAACCCCGAAAACAACACCGAAAGAACCAAAGUUCCAAGUUUAGAUUCCCAGUUAGGAGGACAAGAUCAUUGCAGCAAAAGAGCAGGUUUCAUAAAAUAGAGGACUUGGCCCAAUUUGCUUCUCAGAGAGAUUAUAUCCAAGCAUUGUUGACAAUGUUGCCCCAUAGAAUGAGGGUAUUUCGCCAUUCUCAAAUAUUAAAAGUAUAUCCUAAACUAACGUCACGAUUGGUUGAAUUUGGUCCGCGUCCAAGUAUAAGGGUAAUUCAGAACAAGAUCCACAAAGUACAUCCUUCUCUCAAGGAUAUUGUAUACUCGAAAUAUAGACAAGAGGUAUUUGACUUGAAAAUUACUACUGCCCCUCCUAAAUUUGAGACAUUGUUUCCUAAUGAUAUAGCCAUACUUUCAAAAAGAGACACACGAGUAUUAAACAAACGCUUAUUGCUUGAAGUAUUAUUGAGAAGAACUAUUGCCGCCAAAAUGGAAUAUAGAUUAAAGCAAGCCAACACUGCUCUUCAGCAAGAAACACCAUCAUACUCCAGCUCUUCCACUUCUUCGUCAUCACGAUCGGCAGAUUUAUCAUAUCACAGUCAAGCAGCAUCAUUCACAUUUGGAUUCUCCUCUUCCUCGUCAGGAUCGUCACGUGGGAAUUCUGGUCAUUCUCAAGGCUCAAUAAUCCUACCUUCACCCAAUAUAAAAGGCUCUCAAGCAAACACAUCUGGGCAAUACACAGCAUCUACUCCGUCAUAUCCAAACACGCCUGAUAACUAUCCUCGAACUUACAAUUACGAACAUAUACUUCGUCAAUCUAACGUAUAUAAAUUGGAACCAAGAAAAAGAUCUUCAUCAACAAUCACAGGCUCCACCAGCCAACAUGUUGAUGGGUCAGUAGCAACUGGUAGUACAUCAUGGUCAGUUAUAUUUGGAACCGAAGGUAAACCUUCCGACGAGAUUCAAAAUCCAGAUCACUUUAUAGAUUCCUUAAAUAUAUGAUUUCAUUAUGGUUGGAAAAUCGUUAAACUAGUUCAUGUAAACUUGAUAACUAAGAUUCUCUUAUAUUUACAGGAUUCCUUAAUGUCUGAAUUAUACUAUUGCUAUACCCAUUACAGAGCACAUUCACAAAUAUUCUUUAACCAAUGCAAGCAUAUAUAUAUAUAGGAACUUUCUCUCUUGCUCUUACCAGAACCAUAGUCACCAGACAAACUACCUUGCGAUGGCUUUGUACGAAUGUUGUUGCACAUGAAUGUGUACUAAACAACGGAAUUCAAAUUGUCUCAUACAACUGUCAUAGGCACAAGUAUACACGUUAUUCACAUCUGGGCCCUCCCAAAUAUUGAUCCAAUUCCCGUUGUGGAAGAUUGUAUUCCAGGUUUAUAUGACUUUGAAUAUGCCGGCGUAUACGUGAAAGCUUCCCUGAUGACUUCCUACAACCAUUAUAGGUACAAAUGAACAUUUUGUUCUCAUCUGGACCCUGAUGAUAGUAGUCUACUUGCACAAAAUUCAUGUUCCCUAAAAGAGGAUUCAAAUGACUUCUAACAUGAGGAAGUACACCUUGUUUGGAUCGAAAUUGUUUCCCACAACUAUUGUAGGUGCAUGUAUACACGUUCUUACCAUUUGAUUUUUCGAUAUACUUGUUUACUUCCUCUUUAGAAGGAACCCAAGAACUAUCUGCAUCCACAGGUUUGCUUGU